CAAUGAGAGCGCAGCGGAGGCGGGGACAGUCGCUGGCAGCUCGGCUCAUACGUGUCAGCGCUGCCGCAAACCUGCUCCAACUGUCGUGAGCGCUGUGUUUACGAAGCUUCCUAGAGUCACGUAAUUAUUUCUUGAAGAACCGUGGAGUGAUGAUCGAUACAGUGAGGGACUGGAGAGAGAGAGGUGUGUGUCAGAGCUGAUUCAUGACUGACUUGAUCUUCAUCUCCAGAUGAUGAAGAUGAGCUGCACUGUGCUGGUCACUGGAGGAGCGGGAUUCAUCGGAUCUCAUCUGAUCACGGCUCUGGCCGAGAGAUUCCCGCACUGGCGAAUCGUCAACGUUGAUAACCUGCAGCGCUGCUCGAGUCUGAAGAACCUGCGGUCCGUCGAGGGCAGCAGCCGCUACGCCUUCAUCCCGGGGGAUGUUUGCAAUCCAUUUUUCAUAAACCACCUCUUUUCGACGGAAAACAUUGAUAUUGUGUUUCACUGUGCUGCUGAAACUCAUGUGGAGAGCUCGUUCCUGUGUCCGUCACACUUCAUGCGCGUGAACGCCGACGGCACCGGCGUUCUGGUCCGAGCGGCGCUGGAGGCGCGAGUUCAGCGCUUCAUCUACAUCAGCACCGAUGAGGUGUACGGAGACAGUCUGGACCAGCCGUUUGAUGAACUGAGUCCACAAAGACCCACCAAUCCGUACUCGGCUUCAAAAGCUGCGGCUGAAAACAUCGUGAUGUCCUACUGGAUCAAGCACAAGUUCCCCGUCGUGAUCACGAGGAGCAGUAACGUUUAUGGACCGCGGCAGUAUCAUGAGAAGGUCAUUCCCAGAUUCCUGUCACUCAUUCAACAGGAGCAGAAAUGCACUAUCCAGGGCUCAGGCCUGCAGUCCAGACACUUCCUGUACGUCAGCGACGUCACAGACGCCUUCCUGACAGUGAUGGAGAAGGGCAUUCUGGGGGAGAUUUACAACAUUGGGAGCAGCUUUGAAAUUCCCAUCAUUCAGUUGGCCAGAGAACUAGUGAAAAUGAAAGUGAAGAAUGUCUCCUGUGAAGCUCUGGAUGAUUGGAUGGAGUUUGUUGAAGACCGACCCGUGACGGAGCUCCGGUAUCCCAUGAUAUCCGAGAAACUGCACAGACUCGGAUGGAGACCAAAAGUCACGUGGAAGGAAGGAAUCAGACGGACCAUAAAGUGGUAUGAAGAGAAUCCAAACUACUGGCCGUUAAUCCGUGAGAAUCCAGAGAACUCUGCAGAAUCAUGUGAUCAGACGCCUCCACAUUCAGUGCCUUAUGAAGUCAGAUAAUAAAGUCUAUUAAUUAACAACGUACUGUAAUAUUUAAGUCUAAUUGUUUAUUAUACAUCGUCUAUGCAAGAUUGUCCAGCGAGUGUCUGUCGGUGAAGAACAUCAGCAAUCUGUUUCCUCAUGAAAAGGUCACAGGAUUAAAGAGGACCAAAAGUUAAACGAGAUUUUACACUAUUUUUAAAGAUCAUUUGGAAUGGAAACUGUGUGUCACAAGCUCAGCUGUGCUCAGCUCUGUGAUUAUGAACGAAAAAACUUCAUUUGUCUGAUUACAUGUAUGUAAAUUGUCUUCAAUCAUAUUUAUGCUUUAAUAAAAAAGAUGUUUGUAAUGA